AUGUAUGGUGUUUGGGAUGAUAAAGCAUUUAAAAUAGAAAGUGGGGAUCAAAACAAAUAUCAAAUUAUUCGAUGGAUUGGAAAUGGUUCUUAUGGAAAAGUUUUUCUGGGUGCUAUAGAAGAGAGGUACGAAUGUGUCAUAAAAAUUUUUUCGAGUUUUAGUGGAUGUACCUUAAAGAGAGAAGUUUAUUUUCUUAACCAACUUCAACACCCAAAUAUUGUUAAAUUAUAUGAUGUAAUAGUAAAUGAACAACAAAACAAAAGUAUUAUUAUGGAAUAUAUUCAUAACAUUCCUUUAAAUCAAAUUUCAAAGAAAUUAACAAUAAAAGAAAUAAAGAUCUUAUUUCUUCAAUUAAUUAAAGCAGUUAAUUACAUUCAUUCAAAAAAUAUAAUGCACAGAGAUAUUAAACCAAGUAAUAUCAUGUUUAAUUAUAAUAAUAUGACUCUUAAAUUAAUUGACUUUGGACUUGCUGAUUAUUAUAUACAAAAUACCAAAUAUUCAAUUCAUGUUGGUUCAAUUAAUUAUAAAGCUCCUGAACUUCUUCUUUAUAUACAUUAUUAUACACCAGCAGUAGAUAUUUGGUCAUGUGGAUGUGUAUUAGCUGAAAUGAUUAUUAGAAAUUAUCCAUUAUUUGAAGGAGAAUGUCUAAAUGAUAUUCUUGAAGAAAUUAUCAAAUUAGAAGGUACAGUUGUUUUAACUGAUUUCUUAAGAAAAGAACAUGUUCAAAUCUCUCGAUGCCAAGCACUUCAUCUUGUUGGAAGAAAAAGUCGUUCAAUAAGUGAAUAUACUGAUCCUGUAUUUCAAAAAAAACAAACACCUGGAUUAAUUCAUCUAUUAAAAGAACUUCUUGAAUUUAAUUAUCAUAAAAGACCAUCUGCUUCUUAUUUAUUAAAACAUAUAACUGAAUUUUUUAAUUAA